AUCCUAAUGUGAAAAUGAAGUCCCAGGCAACCAUGAUUUACUGUUUAAUGUUAUAUCUGGCCAUAGAAUGUUCCCACUAUAAAUCCAAGAUUUACAUAAAAGCUGGAGAUAAACUUCAAAGUUCUGAAGGGAAACCCAAGCCUGGAAGGGUACCAGAAAAAUGCCACGGGCCUUGCAUCUCGUCUUCCGUCUGCAGCCAUCCCUGUGCUAAGCAGUUUUAUGGAGAAAUAGGAUUUUCAUGUAAUAAAAAAAAGUGGCAAAAGUCAACUGAAACAUGUACCAGCCUUUCUGUGGAAAAACUCUUUAAGGGUCCAAAUAGCGAAUCUCGCCUUUCGGUAGCAGCAGCAUCAAUCCCUCUGCGCCUUCUUGACUUUCGAGCUCCGGAGCCCAUUGAGAGUGUAGCCCAAGGAAUCCGCAGACACUGUCCCGUCGAUUAUGCCUGCAUAAUUGAUGUUGUGAAAGCGUCAGAAGCCACGUCUGGGAAUAUCGCAUUUAUAGUGGAGUUAUUAAAAAAUAUUUCCACAGACUUGUCUGAUAAUGUUACCCGAGAAAAAAUGAAGAGCUACACUACAGUGGCCAACCACAUCCUCGACCCAGCAGCCAUCGCAAACUGGGCUUUCAUUCCUGACAAAAGCGCCAGCUCAGAUUUGUUGCGGUCAGUGAAUUCGUUUGCCAGGCAGCUCCACGUUCACGAUGAAUUUGAGAACAUUGCGGAUGAACUCUUCAUGCAGACAAAAGGGUUUCGCAUCAACCACAGUACCUCAGAGGGAAGUUUCAAUUUCUCCAUGAGCAUGAGCAAUGCAACAGAAGGUAUCUUAGGAAUGGUAGAAAUUCCCAGGCAAGAGCUGAGGAAACUGAGGCUGAACACAUCUCAAGCCAUCAGCAUAGCUUUUCCAACCCUGGGGGCUAUUCUGAAAGAGGCCCACCUGCAAAAUGGGAGUCUUCACAGACCGAUGAAUGGUCUGGUCCUAUCAUUGGCUCUACCAGAAGGAGUGAAAGAAAUCUUUCUCACCUUUGAAAGGAUCAAUCAAUCCCACAGUGCCAGGGCCCAGUGCGUUGGCUGGCACUCUGGGAAAAAGAGGUGGGCUGAGGAAGCGUGUAAGACUGUGCUGGGUGGUAAGAACAAGGUGAAAUGCCGUUGCAACUACACCAAUGUGGUGACGUCUUUUUCCAUUCUAAUGUCCCCCAAAUCUGUGACGGACAAAAUCUUGGAGUAUAUCACCUGCAUUGGGCUCAGCGUCUCGAUCCUCAGCUUGGUUCUUUGCCUGCUCGUUGAAGCCACAGUGUGGUCCCGGGUGGUGGUGACUGAGAUAUCAUACAUGCGUCACGUGUGCAUCGUGAACAUAGCGGUGUCACUCCUGACCGCUAAUGUGUGCUUCAUCAUCGGCUCAAACUUUAACAUAAAGGCCCAGGACCAUAAGUGGUGUGUCGCAGUGACAUUUUUCUGCCACUUCUUUUACCUCUGUCUGUUUUUCUGGAUGCUCUUCAAAGCUCUGCUCAUCAUGUAUGGAAUACUGGUCGUUUUCCGUAGGAUGCUGAAGUCCAGAAUGAUGGCCAUUGGCUUUGCCACUGGCUAUGGGUGUCCACUGGUCAUUGCUGUCAUCACAGUUGCCAUCACAGAGCCAAAGAAAGGCUACCUGAGACCUGAGGCCUGUUGGCUCAACUGGGACAGCACCAAGGCUCUUUUAGCAUUCGCUGCCCCGGCCUUGGUCAUCGUGGCUGUGAAUCUUGUGGUGGUUUUGAUUGUUGCUGUCAACACUCAGAGGCCAUCUAUUGGCAGUUCCAAGUCUCAAGAUAUGGCCAUUGUCAUGAGGAUCAGCAAAAAUGUUGCCAUUCUCACCCCAUUGCUGGGACUGACCUGGGGUUUUGGAAUAGCCACUCUUAUAGAAGGCACAGCCUUGAUUUUCCAUAUCAUCUUUGCCCUGCUCAACGCUUUCCAGGGUUUUUUCAUCUUGCUGUUUGGAACCAUUUCAGAUCACAAGAUAAGAGAUGCUUUAAAGAUGAAGAUGUCUUCGCUAAAGGGGAAAUCGAGGGCAGCAGAGAAUGCAUCCUUAAGCCCACCCAAUGGAUCUUAAUGAAUCGUUGAGGAUGAAAUAUGAGUAUUCAAAACUGAAGGAGAAACUUCACAUGCAGAUUGUACCAAGCCACUCAGUAUUCCUGUGAGCACACUAUUGCCUGCUACAUGACGCUGGAAGGAGGUGGGAAGGAUGAAGGGGACAUACCUUUCAGAGAAUGGAAACUUCUUUAUUGCCCAGCACAUACACGAAAAUAUGUACAUUUGCUUGAAAACCUAUGUCACUUCAAUUUACAUGACAAAACCUUAAGGAUGCUUUAUUUUCUGUCUUCAGUGAGAGGAUACUUUCAUCACACCUAUCCCUGCUCUGGUACAGGAUAGACCCUUGCUGUCUGCAGCACUCACACACUUUAAUUGCAGCUUGUCAGUGAGUGGUGACACUUAUAAUAGCCCCAUUGUUGAGAAGGAGGAAUUGAUUGUUUGAAAUCACAGAGCAACAGGCCUAUCUCUUCCUAAUGAAGUGGAGCCCAGAAUCAUUGCUAAAGUGUGUGGGUGAGGUUGUGGCAGCUUGUCUGCCUACUCACAGCCAAGCCCUGAGACUUAUUUCUACACAGGUGAAACCAUAAGGAAACACAUAUUAGGCAGCCAGGGGAGAAUAAGUCACAGAACCCAGCCAGGAGCCUGAGCGGUAACAGGGGAAGGUGGGCAAGGAUGAUCAGCUUUGGCCAGGGUUUUGUCUUGGAGAAGUUUCAUGGCCUUUUGCAUGGAUGGAGAUGAGUCUCAGACUUUUUAUUUUUUUAUUUUUAAUCUCCAGUUGGCAGUAGCCCCAUUUUUUUUUUCUUCUUCUUUACGUUUCUUUUGUUUCUGGGCCAUGGUCCAUAUAUUGAGCAAUGGGGCAAAGCAAGUAGUUGAAUCUCCUGAAACCAAAGACAUUCUGAGUUGGACGUACAAUUAAGAGACCUCCGUGUUACAGAUCCCAAUCACCUGAUGCUGCGCUGGUGUGGGACACUGGCAUGUGGCUCCAGGGAGAUUAGAAGGAGCAAGAGGGCUUUGUCAUAUACCCCGACUGGCUGUGUGAGGUGCUGGGGAAACAAAGAGGGGAGAAUCCAGGCAUAUUAUCCUUCAUCUGUUGUCCUCAUAUUGGGAUUUGUAUAGGAAAACUUGAAAAAAGGUCAACUUUCCAACCUCUGCCCAUUUCCUCGUCUGUAAAGUUCAUCCAUGGUAGAACAUUCCUAUGACAUUUCUUGACUUGUCACCAAUGGAAAGUCACUAAUUCAGAUGACUAUUAGAAACACAGCUGACCAUUCUAUGAAGGUCCUAAUUUGACAACCACCUGUUUUAGGAUUAUCAGAUUGCCUCAAGUGGAAGAGGCGCUGCCUGGGAAUAUUAUCCAGCCAUUUGAGAAGGGAAGUGUGGUGGAGGCUUUGCCCCCAGUUAGUUGGGUGCACUUGGUUGACCAUGGUAAAAACUGGAGAAAACCGUAGAAGUUAAGACCUGGCAUUAGAGUAUUAUGAGAGCUGAGAGGUACAAAGGGCUCUGCCAGUGUUAGGGGAAGUCUAGGGAGGAAAUGGGAACACACGGACAGUUCUCCAGGGAAGUCCUCACUACAUAAUUCUCUCACUUGCAAUUUAGUCUAGUUUGAGGUCUGAGGUGGGUGAGGGACUAAGGACUGCCUUCUUUCAGUACAUUCUGCACAGGUGGCCCCGGGUUUACUGAAUGUUCUCAGUAAUUGGGGCCUGUGCUUUUCCCAUGUGGACAAACCUGGCAUCAGGGGGUCUAUAACUGUAGCUGGGGUCAGGGAAGACCAUGUUAGUGACCCCAACAAGCACGACAGCACUGGGUGCAAAUUCACAGGACGAUGUCCUUUAAAGUCCAGAAUGGACAGCAGGCAGCACCAGAGGCUUCCGGAGGCAGAACAAAGGGCUCCUGGCAGAGGGUUUAGGGCACGACAGCUCAGGUGCACCCACAGGGUUUGGCAUGAGGAGGGUCGCAGUCCAGGGCAGGGCUAAACGAUGGGGAAAAAGCUAGUAUUUCAGACCUUUAACCAGAAUACAACAUCGGGGGCUCACCAGUCUCAGAGGUGGGCAGAAUUCCAGGGGGACAGGAGAUCAGAACUGGAUACCAAUGAGGACUGGGGCUCCUAAUGCGUGUCCGAGCUCCUCAUGUUCUGGUGACCUCAGCUCAGGAUGGAGACAGGUGUGUCAGGUGGGCCCAGGGGCGGGGAAGGACUGCAGAGGUAUGGAAACCGGGAAGUUUGCUUCUGGGUAUAGAUUCUCCCUGGGGU